UGUGGCGCGAACUUUGCGCGCGCUUCAUGGGCGCUGAGUUAAAUUUCCCGCGCUUUUGAAUUUUGACGUGCGUUCGGAAAUACGUGGAAAUAAACACGAAAUUGACAAACGAAUUUAUACAUGUAUCAGAUAAAAUAAUUGAUUGUUGCUGUGUUUAAGACAUAAGUACUAAUACUACCUCACCACACCAAAGAUGCUCAGACUGUCAAAUAACUCACGUGUCAGGAGACGUCUCUUCGAAGCCGAUGAUUUGAUCGACCAAGCGAAAGUUGACAACUUCGCCAACAUCCUACAGGAAUCUUUAACCAGAGAUAGAAUAGCAAAAUCUCAAAAAUGGAACUUUGAUUUCGAAAAAGAAAUACCCUUAGAGGGUACUUACCAAUGGUACCCUUGCAAUGAAACAGCAGAUUGGAUUGGCGUUAAAUCUGAAAAGGAUAACGAUAACAAAGAAGGUUUAGGUCUUUCAAUGAAAAUGGAAAAUGAAGCUACACCGAGAGCGAGAGAUGGAGAAAUUUUACCAUUAUUGAGAAAACGUAGAAGCAAUGUUGAUGUAAAGCCAGAUACAAAAGUUAAGCGUAAAAUCAGCUUCGAUUAGAUAUUCA